AUGUCCGCCACAGUUGAUGUCGAGGCCAUGAGCCCCCAAGACCGAGCACGUUAUGAGAGGAAACGCGAGCAUGAGUUCUACAGCUAUUAUGAGCCGCUGCGAAUCCUCGCUGGAUCCGACAUCAAAUGGACCGACCUCAACUCUCCUGAAUCUAUUGCACAGCAUGUUCCGACCUCAUCCACAGAUAGAGCGCUGACUGCAUUUUGUCAACUUGCCGCCCUUCGCUUGAAAGCCAGGCGGGCAAUGAUCUUUUGUUUCGACAGUCAGCAUGCAUAUAUCCUUGGUGAAGCCACUCAGACCUUGUCCUUCGAAGAUGAUGACAUCCACGACAACGGAGAUGGCCUCUGGUUAGGCAUGACCAAAAUCCCUCGCGGUUCAACCGUCUGCGAGCAUACUGUCAAUCUCCCGGUAAACCGUGGUAGCAAUGCCAAGGAAGACACAGCAGCAAAAAUACACAUACUGAACGAUCUUCGAGAGGAUAACCGAUUCUGCGACGAGUCAUACGUGGUUGGAGGCAUCAACGCUCGGUUUUAUGCUGGAGUACCUAUCACGACUGCCAAAGGACUCAAUAUUGGAGCUUUCUGCAUACUUGACGACAAACCACGAGAUGGGCUGAGCAUGAAAGAUGGGCGAUUCCUGCAAGAGAUGGGCUCCUUGGUCAUGGAGCAUUUGGAGAUGCUCAAAGCGCGCGCGGAGCAACGAAGGGGAACUUUGAUGGUGAAAGCCCUCAACUCGUUCAUGGAGAAUGAACCAGGUACCAGAGACGAGCCGGCUAGACCACCCGCCGCCACUACAGCGAAAACUUUGGAAGCUAUCGCCAAUGCGACCGAGAUAUCGAAUUCGCAGCUGACCGAAUCCUCCGAACACGUCAUCGAACAACUGACACUACAGCAUAAGCUGGAAGACGAGAAUGCACUACUGGCUACAGGUCGUACACUAAACUCGCUGGUCGCCGAAAACAAUUCCCCGUCACCAACGAUAAGCGAAAACGUCCGUCCACCAUUGUCGCGCAGAGAUAGUAGCAAGUCAAUCACGGGUCUUGUCCCUAAGAAAGAGGAGGAUCCACUUAGACUACGCGAUCAAGUUGCGGGCAAUGCGAUGCAAUCAGCUGCUGAUUACAUCCGAACGGCCGUCGGUGCAGAUGGCGUCUUGUUCUUGGAUGCUUCCAUGUCAAACUUCGGCGAGCUAGCCGAUGAGUCGAUCGACGUCACCAAGCCUGGUCGCGAGCCGGACCUUCUUACGAGCGACACGGACGGGGCUGGAAGUGCCACAGAUACCCUCGAAAGAUCGAAAGAUUCGGAGGACGUCUCUAAGCCUUGCUCUGUUUUCGGAGCGUCUUACGGACUGGUACCAGCUAACUUCUCACCACCACACGCCGAGGUACCCAAAAAGUUGCUGCAGUCUUUGCUUAGAUGCCACAAGCACGGCAAAGUGUUCCUGUAUGGUGCCGAAGGCGAUUAUACUUCUGACACCCAUACAUCGGACGGUUCUGGGUUUGCCGAUAGCCAGCUCGCUUCGCUGACAUUUACACCCAAUCGCAAUAGCAAAGACACCUCAUUCCAGAAGCGCAAAAGAUCAACAAGGUCUGCGCUAGGUAAAAAGCUUGGAGCCUUGUUCCCUCAAGCUAGGAGUUUGAUGUUGCUUGGUCUCUGGAACAUGUCUCGCGAUCGAUGGGACGCUGGAUGUAUCGUAUACUCGAAUUCACCGAUUCGAGUGUUCUCCGUGGAGUCAGAAAUGUGCUACCUGAAAGCGUUCUGCGAUGUCAUCACCGCCAAGAUUGGAAGACUUGAUGUGGAAAUGUCGCACAAGGUCAAGUCCGACUUCAUGUCCUCCAUCAGUCACGAACUGCGAAGUCCGUUGCAUGGUAUUCUUGGAACGGCCGAAUUUGUUCACGACCAAGUCCACGAUAGCGAAACCUCCGAGAUGAUUUCACAAAUCCAAGUCUGCGGUCAAACAUUGCUGGAUGUUGUGGAUCAUCUUCUCGAUUUUUCGAAAGUCAACUCUGUCUCCAAGCACAACCGAAAACAGCUGCAGACUGGGAUUGAUCAGAGAAAUCGCAACCGUACGGGCGGCUUGAGCAAGACCGAAACGCUUGGUGGAAUGGUGGUGGAGAAGACAAACGUACUGCUUGAUGAUCUGACGGAGGAGAUCAUCGAUACCGCCGUCUACUCAUUCUGUUGCUCCAAGGACACUCAAACACUUGAUCAACGCAAGGUUACUGUCAUUACGGAUAUUGACCCUAGCGCUUUGUCUUUGAGCUGUAAUAUUGCGGUCGGUGCUUGGAAGAGGUUGUGCAUCAAUCUCAUCAACAACGCACUCAAGUACACAGAGCGAGGAUACAUCGUCGCAUCUCUGAAGUUGAUGCCGCCGACUGAAAGACAGAAGCGCUCACGCGUGCGAUUGACCAUAACCGACAGCGGUAGGGGAAUUAGCAAAGAGUUUUUGACUAGCCAGCUCUUCCGUGCAUUCGCGCAGGAAGACGAUCUAUCAGAGGGAACUGGUUUAGGCAUGUCUAUGGUUGCUAAGAUCGUCAAGAAUCUUGGUGGACACAUCGAUGUGCAAAGCAAGAAGGAUGUUGGCACGACCGUCUCCGUCACGAUGCCUCUCGAUGUCAGAGGAAGUGGCGAUGCUCAGCGCAUCCAUAAUCGCACGCUAUCAUCUGGGCCAUCGAUGAUCUCCAUGCACUGUCUAGGGUUCGCACCAACUGAGCCUUACCGAGAGAAAACGAUCAUGGCUGGUCGCGACUUUCAAAUCGAAAUCCUCCGGAAAACAUGUCGACAACUCAACGUCAUGGUAUCGCCGUCUAGUUGGUCUUCUCCGAAAUCUUUUGAUCUGGCUAUGAUAACUGAGGAAGAGGUGCCUGAACUUCUGCGGCUUCUUCAACCAUCAUUGGUUAGAACACCGAGCGCAGGGGCUGACACGAUACGUGCCUUGCGAACGAAGCCUCUUCUGGUUGUUUGUCGAAACUGCCGAUCACGUCGCGAGAUGAAAUUGUCUGCCCUUAAUCAGCUCAUACACGGCCAUGUCGAGUAUAUAGCACAGCCUUGUGGUCCACAGAAAAUUGCUGCUGCCAUCAGAAGAUGUCUGAGCAAUACGCCUAGUGUUGAUUCUUGGUCAGAAAAUUCGACCACACCACAGGGCAAUUCGUCACAACCCUCGCCUGGCCCCGGGUAUCCUUUCCCAGCAAGACGGCAAUCCGAAGAUCCAGAGAUGCAGACACCGAGACCUGCAGACAAGGAUAUUGCCAAACAAGAGGCUAUCGACGAUAAGCCUCUAUCACUUCCUAAAGACUCGCCUAUGGAUGGUUUUGAGCAGCAGACAACUGUGACAGUAACGACAAAGACUACACCAGUCAAGUCAUCCAAAGCUGAGGCCAACAUCGAUCCAUCGAAACCGACGUUAUUGCUCGUAGACGACAAUGCAGUAAACCUCCGCCUGAUCACUGCGUACGCCAAAAAGCAUGGUCACGCCCGUCUGACAGCAACGAACGGCCUCGAGGCCUUUGAAGCCUACAAAGCUGCAGCCUUAGGCAACACCAAUAACGCAACGCCCAAGCCCGAGGUGGUGCUGAUGGAUAUUUCUAUGCCUGUAAUGGAUGGGUUUGAAGCCACUCGACAGAUUCGGGCUUUCGAGCGCGGUCAAGAUAUCACACCAGCUACCAUCAUAGCUCUCACCGGUUUGGGAUCUGCUGAAGCCCAAGAAGAGGCGUUUGUAUCUGGCAUUGACCUGUUCUUGACUAAGCCCAUCAAAUUGGACAAGUUGACGAAAAACUUGAAUGAUAUCAGGGAGGGCAAUAUUCAGCAGUUGUGA